AUGGCGAAGCUCCCCUCCCUCGCGCCCUGCCGCGCCCUCUGCUCCGGCGGCGCACCACUCACCCCCCGACACAACACCCACCGCCUCCCGUCGACGACACCAUCGUCGUUCCUCGCCGCGCAAGUCCGCCACGCGACCUUUGUCCCGCGCCCGCGCCGGCCCUACACCUUCACGCAGCUCGUCCAGCUCUCCGACGGGUCCACCUACACCAUGCGCAGCACCUCGCCGCUGCCGCUCUACCGCGCCGCCAAGGACACGCGCAACACGCUGCUGUGGCAGCCCUCGGAGAAGUCGCUCCGCAACGUCGAGCUCGACGAGGCCGGAAAGCUGGCCGCCUUCCGAGAGCGCUUCGGCCGGGGCUACGACGCGUCCGCCGAGGCUGCGGAGGGUGGUGAGGGUGCGGACGCGCAGGCUGCCGCGGAGCAGGGCCCUGGAGGAGACGGUUUUGCGGAUUUGAUCACGGGAUAUGCGCCGCAGGACGUCAGCUCGAUGAAGGACUCUGGACCAAAGAAGUCGCCCACGAGGAGGAAGUAG